AAUAAUAAGCAUAUUUGUAAAUGUUUAUAUAAUAUGUGCUUGUAAUUUAUUUAAAUUUAAAUUUUAAAUAGAUCUUCCAUCCAACAUUUUAUCGUUUAAAGUAAUUGUGUAUUAUAAAUGUGCUAAAACUAUGUUUUUUAGACGAUUAAAACUAUCCCAUACAAGGUGUUUUUUACCGGCGUUUUUUUUAAAUAAAAAUGAACAUGAUCUAGAAGGAACAGAAGUCUUGGUUGUAAAAAAAGUCGGUGGUUGGCAAGGUGUUUUGAACGCAUUUGCCACAGACGAAGAUGGUAAUCCAUCUGCAGAUGUAAGAGCUAUAUUUUCAACAAUAUGUUACAGCAGUUUGAUGGGUGGUGUGUAUGGUAGUUUAUCCUACAGUAAACGGGCUUAUGAAGAUUUUUUUCAGAAAAACCAAUCAACACUGUUUCAAAAUCAGUUUGAAGCCAAAGCUAAACUACAAUCGCAAGUAACAUUGGCAAUGGCAAGAGGCGUUUUUAAAUGGGGAACCAGGGUAGCACUGUUCUGCGGUUGUUUUUCAACUGUAGUAACAGCUGUUAAUGCGUAUACACAAAACGUUACUGUAUUUAGUUAUGCAUUAGGUGGUCUUAUAGUAGGUGGAAUUGCAAGAAUAAGUUUUGGUAUGAAAGGUUUUAUUGUUGGAUCUACAUUGGGAGGCGUUUUAGGUGUCAUUGUUGGAGGUUUUACAUUAUUAGUAUUAAGGUUUUCUUCUUUAACUAUGGAUGAAGUAAAAGAAUGGCAAAAUCAGAGUCAAAUAGAAAGAGACCUGUAUUUUGUUAAAGAACAAAAAACAUCUCGGAUAUUCAAAUAUGAUAAUACACCUGAGCUACAAGCACAUGAAAAAAGAUUACAACCGUCAGAAACAAUUUCAGAAUAAAGAACUGAUAUUAUAAUUUAUGAAUGAAGUGUAUUGUCAUAUGUUGGGAGCACUCCAUACAGUUCUUCAUUACCAGCCUUCGCCAUAGUGAAAAAUUGAUACUUCAAAGACUUUGGGAAAUCUUUUAAUACAGUCUACUAAUCCUCUAAAUUGUAUCCAAUAAUUUUGUAAUAUAAAUUGUUACUUCUAUUACAAAAUCCCAAUGUUUUCAUACAUUACUUAUAAAUUAAUCAACUGUUAACAUGUACAUAUUGUUAUGAUUAUUAGUAAUUUGUGUUGAAGUAAAUAGUGUUAUUAUUUUAGUA